AUGCGUGCCUCCCUACAGCCCGUUCGCUCUCCUGCGCCUUCCCCCUUCGUCGCGCCUCCUCCUCUCAAGUUCCCGACUGUAGCGCGCCUUUUUUUUGCUCGUAGCGCGCUCAGCCGCCCCCCCCUCCCCUCCGCCCCCCUUCCCGUCUCGUCGCGCGCGCAUUGCGCUGCCGUCGCCGCGCGCGCUUCGCUUCGUCGAGCAACGCGCGCGCCUGCCUCCCCUGCGGCGCACCCUGCCCCUUCCCAAUCCGCCCUCCCCUCCCUCGCCCUCCUCCUCCUUUCCACUCUCCUUUGUCCAUCCCUCCCUAUCUCACCUCUUCCUCCUCCUCCUUUCUCUCCUCAUCUGCUGCAACUCGUGCGUGCUUGUGGCGCGCUCUUCCCACAAACCCGCCCCUUCACCAUCCUCCUCCUCUCCUCUCUCCCUCUAACUCCCCUUCCGCUCGUUUUCCUCCACCUCUUUUCUCUCCCCAUCUGCUGCAGCUGCUGUCUCCUCCUCCUUAUGGCGACCUCUCUCGCCCUCCCCUCCCUCCCUCUGCUGGUCCUUCAGCUUGCGCCUAAUGGCAGCGCAGUCAACUUCCCCAGUUGGCUGAACUGUCUCGAGCGCACGCUGUCUGGCACCCUCGUGAGUGGCUUUAACCUCUGGUUUGUCACUCAGCAGAGUGGUUCUGGCGCCAUUCCUAAACCUUCCUCUGCACCUACCUCUACCUCCUCUGACCCCUAUGCUGAUGGCCUUCGUGCUGCUAUCGCUGAAACUGAGCGGAUUGCGGCCACGGCCCAAGCCACUGCUGCGGCUGCUCCUGACAAUGCUGCCGCCCGUGACUCUCCUCGUUCUGCCUCUACUCCCUCUGCUUUUGCUCCAUCUCACUCUGACCUUCUCGCUGAAUGGCAUGUUGCCAACGCACGUGCCUGCCAGGUCAUCCUUGCCUGCCUACCUCCAACCCUUCUCCCUCAGUGCUCGCACAUCCGCUAUGCCAAGGACCUUCUCGGCUAUCUUACCGAGCGCUUCCAGUCGCAGACUCCCAUCAGUGUCAUUGCCCUCUUACGCGAGCGUACCUCUCUUCGCCUUGAUGACUUCACCACCAUGGCGGACUACAUCGCUCGUGUGCAGACGCUGUCCUCCCAACUUGCCUCUCAAAAGUUUGAACUUUCCGAUCAUGUGUGCGGUGUCCUCCUCCUCACAGGCCUCACUCCUGAAUACAGUGUUCAUGUCACUCUGUAUGGUGAGCGCCCUGCCGACCAGUGGUCGUUCUCUCGUGUCUCUGCCUUCCUCCUCCAGGCAGAGCUCAACCUCCGCAGCUGCCCUCCUACUGCCACCGCUGUCACACCUUCUUCCGCCCCCCCCCCUCUCCCCACCUCCACUACCGCAAGGGUCAGCCAUGCGGUCGCACCAAUCAUCCCUCCUCCUCCUGCUUCCAGAAGCUCACCGAUGACUGGUUCCUGGCUGGCAACACUGGUCGCCCUCCCAACUGGCUUCAACUCUCUCGUCAGCGUCGCCAGUCUUUUGCCCAGGCGGUACUUGUGGCUGCCGACUCUGGUACUAGUGCUCAAACCUCUGCUCUCAGUGUGA